AAAUCAAUCGAUGACAGCGACGGAUUUUCUCCUAUCGUCGCUGACGACAUUUUGUCAAUAAAUUGUAAAAUUGAAGAGAAUUUAGUAAACUUUUCGUAGUGUUUAGUGUUAAAUAAGCCACAAAGAUGGCAGACAAUGAACAGAAAGCUAUGCAGUUAAUGGCCGAGGCGGAGAAGAAGCUGAGUUCUUCGAAAACUUUCUUUGGAUCACUUUUCGGUGGUUCAUCGAAAGUUGAAGAGGCAGUAGACUGCUACCUCCGGGCAGCAAACCUGUUCAAAAUGGCCAAGAAGUGGGCGCAGGCAGGUCAGGCGUUCUGCAGUGCAGCCAACUUGCAUCUGAAGGCUGGGGUCCGCCACGAUGCGGCUACCAACUUCGUCGACGCUUCCAAUUGUUAUAAGAAGUGUGAUCCUAAUGAGGCUGUCUCGUGUCUGCUGAAGGCCAUUGAGAUCUACACCGAUAUGGGACGAUUCACCGUAGCUGCUAAACAGCAUCAGAACAUUGCUGAGCUAUAUGAAACCGAGUGCGUGGACCUGUCCCGUGCAAUGCAGCACUACGAACAGGCGGCUGAUUACUUCCGCGGUGAGGAGUCCACCUCCUCCGCCAACAAGUGCAUGCUCAAGCUUGCCCAGUAUGCGGCCCAGCUCGAGCAUUAUGAUAAGGCUAUACAGAUCUACGAGCAGAUAGCCAAAUCGUCCCUGGACAAUAGCCUGCUGAAAUACAGCGCUAAAGAGUACAUGUUCCGCGCGGCGUUGUGUCAUCUCUGCGUCGACAUACUGAACGCUCAACACGCCGUCGAGAAGUACUGCGGCUUGUACCCCGCCUUCGCCGACACUAGGGAGUGUAAGCUGAUCAAGGAGCUGAUUGAGCAUUUGGAAGAGCAAAACGUGGACGCUUUCACCGAAGCCGUGAAAAACUACGACAGCAUAUCUCGACUGGACCAGUGGUAUACGACCAUGCUCGUUCGCAUCAAGAAACAGAUCAACGACAACCCCGACCUGCGCUGAGUCACUCGCCUCCCGCCUGCCGCAGCCGUGUGUCCAGCGUGAGUGGCCAGCAUUAUUUAAUUAAAUCCAACCUUAUUAUGUUUAAUUAAAAAACUACAUUUAUUAUUUUUAUUGGCAAUUAUGUCUCUUGUUUCCUUUUUUAAAUUUGAAAUCAGAAUCUUCCAAUUUUGAAUUGUGAUUCGAGUCGUGCAUUGUUUUUCUAGAGAGUGUUACAUCGCAAUAAAUAUGUUAGAAAGGAAUCGAGUUUGUUAUGUGAAGGGACAAUGCAUGCUCGGCUGUCAGUUUAGCUGUCCUAACAAUAUAACUUAUUUUAAGUUGAUUGUAAUGCAAUUUUCUGUUAAUGUAUAAUUUAAUAAAACUACUUAAAUACAACAAGAUCUACGAGCGUGUCAAAAAUCAAAAAGCAACUUGACAUUUACCAUGAAAUGACAUUUAUGACGUUCCAGUCAUGACAGCUGCUGUCAUUUUGACGUUGUCAUGACACAAUUGUCUAUAGGUAAUCUAUAGAGUAUGUAAGAAGACGCGAUUGAUGCUCAAUAAUGCUUGCAUAACGGUGAGCGGCGAAGGGCGAUAUAAUGUUUCCUUUUUUAUCAUAAACUCUGUAGAAUAUUUCAUUAUGCCUAUUUCAUUGUAACAAGUUAGGCAAAUCAAUGUUUGUGUCACAUUGUUUGACAGGCUUUUAGUUUUCUUUGGUAGUAAUUGAUAAAAUGUUGACUGAUAGCGGUAGAGAGAGAUUGAUACUCGUUUAUUUGGUAGGUUUUAGUUUUCAGAGUAUUAAGUGAUGGCUGUUGGUUCACGAAUCCUAUUACUUUUCAUAACUUAAUUCCGCAUUCAUUGUAACAGUGUCUUCUAAACACUCUGUCAAAUCCAUAUUAUUGUUUACAAGGAUUGAUUCCCAUCACGGGCAUUUAAGUCUGAUUAUGUAAGCCCCAAGUCUUAUUGAUCGCAUUCCGAUUAGUUUAAAUGAAUUUUUGAUUAAAGAAAGAUGUACUAAGUUACGCAAUCGUGUUUGAGUAUUUCAAUUGUCAAAAAAUGUGACACAAACACAAUAUUUAGUAUUCAAGAUUUAGUCGGUAUAAUUAGAAUAUAAGUCGGGAGUAAAAUCAUUAUCGAAAAAUGUUUUUUAUCUGUACGUUAAAACUGUAACGUUCCAAUUUACGCAGUGAUUUCGUUUGAGUUAUAUACUCUUUAUUUAUAUUUAUUUUUCUUGUAUUGCGAGGCCGGCGUGGCGUUUAUUGUAUAUAUUAUUGUUUUUAAAUAGCGUUAAAAGGAUUCCCCCGUACAAUUUUGUUUGAUGCAGUGGUAUUGCCAGCUGAAAAAUGUUUUAUGUAUUUUUGUUACUUGCAACCUGUUAAAGAGUAUGGUAUUCUUGAUACUUUGGAGUUCACGUUGUUACCUUCAACAUAAGAUGAAUCCUAUCAGAUUAUGCAUUAUGGUUUUAUAAUUCGUGUUAUGAAAUAGUGAGACAUUUCCGUAUUAAUUUCUAAACUAAUAUUCUUUCAGUAUGUUUGUUCUAAUAUGUAUUAUGGCAUUACCACUAGACAAUUUUGUUUCCCACAAAAGUUAUUUGCAAUGGGGCCUAUUCUCAUUUAGAGUUAAAAAAUAAUAUUUAUAACAUUUUAUUUUGUUGUUGUAAAUAAUGUCUUGUUUCGUUAAUAAAUUUUAUAUUUUUAAUUUCUAUUUUUUUUUUACCCUUGAUUUUCUUUUCUUAUUGGCACAGACAUGGUUAUGUAAGUAAAACAUCGAAGAUUAUUAUAACAGCUGUAUUACAUGAUCCGGAAACGAAAUUAAUUUCUUUACUUCUAGUUUAUGUUUAUGCAGUAUGAAGAAGAUAACAUAUUGAAAUUCAAUAGACAAAAGAUUUUUACGGGUUUGAUAAAAUAAGUCUUUCACAAAAUUCAUAACUAUGUUUGUGCUACUGACUGUAUUCACACUACGAUUCAAAUAGGUGUUUUAUAGAAGACUAACUAACUUGAAAGUCUUUUACAAAUCGAAGACUGUGUUAACUAAAAAACGGCACUAUUCCAGGAUAGUUGCAUCUUUCCUUUGCAAUGGAACUAAACAUCGCAUACCGCUCAUGAAAAUCAGUAUUUAUUCAAGUGAUAUUUUGAUGCCAAGGUCAAAAAAAUCGUAGUGUGUAUUCAGAGCUUAUAAGGCUUCCCAAUUUAGCUAAGGUAACUUACGCACUUGCGUUUUGUCGAGAGCGUUUUAGAUAAAAAAUCGUACGGUAAACAGUCGGGUUUUUAAUUAUUGUAAGAAGUUCACCGAAUAUGUCUAAAAUUCGCCUUAAUGUUAGGCUUACAUUUUUGGUAAUUAAUAUAUUGUAUGCCACAUCUAUUAACUAAAUGAAUUCAAUUCAAUAAGUUAUUUUAAAAAUUUGCAUUUAUUUAGUUCAUGACAGUAAUAUAGUUCAAGUUAGUCAGAAUAAUCGAACAUAACAUAAAUCACUUUCUAUAAAAUGCGAAAGGUAUAGUAAUGUUGAAAUUACAGCAUCCAUUUCGUCUUUAAAGAUUCAAAAUACUAAUUAAUAAAAUAUCUAUAGAAGGUUACAAAAAAACCGUUUGUUACAUGUAGUAGAAAAUAGGUAAUGGUAAUUUUUGUCCACAUUUUUAACUUCUACAUUAGAUCAAUAAUAUUAUAUCUUAGAUGUGGCAUACCGUAAAACAGUCUAGAGUUAAAGUUUCGCAAUUAUCCGUAACCAUAGCAACGCCAGUUAUGUAUCGCAUUGUAUGGCACACUGAUAUUCGUUUAAUGUAAAAAUAAAAUGUUAAUACAAAA